CUUAGGGUCUCCAUAUUCACGAUUUAAAAUAUGAAACGAUUUGAGACACCCAGUUCGUAGGAAAGUUUUAUGAACAAUUGAGCUUUCGGAUGCCUUGAAAAGGAAGCAGGGACUCUAAGAACUCUCCUGGCUUGAGGAAUAGGAUGCCAUUUUGAGCUCGGAUUAAGUGAACCCAGUAUUUAUUGUAAAUUUUUGGUACUCGAAUGAAGAUAAUCAAAAAUCGGGGUGACAAGGUCGACGCGAAACAUGGUGGGGUAGAAGGCUCGAGCAAUCGGGGGAUUUUCGGAUAUCGAAGACGCAGGCGAAAGAUCAAAGAUAAUCCGAGCCUGAUGCCCGGUUUCACCAACCUCGGUUAAAUCCUUGAUUACCUAACCGUAUGGUUAAAGUUAACGUCUAAAUUAAUCAGGGAUUAAAAGCUUAAAUGUUCCACCCAUGGAGUAGUAUAAGGAGAUCUAACGACAUUUAUUGAAAUCGUCCCCACUGUAGGGGUUCAAGGUGUUCAGUUUUUCUUUUUUUUUUUUUUUUGUUUAUCCAAGGCCGAAAGCGCCACCUCGAUGAAAUUUUGCAAUUAAAAGUUAUCGUCUGUUAGUCUUUAUCACGUUAAAAUCAUUACAGUCUGUAUAUCAUAUUGAUUAUUAGUAUCUUAUCUAAUUAUCAUAUAGAUUAUCGUUUUGCUUAGCGUAUCUUAAUUGCAAGAUUAAAAGCAUUUUAGGUAAAUUACGGCGAUAGGACAUCUUGUGGUCGUGUAGUUCCCUCGUUUUCCGCAAGUGGUGCUCGCAUCGUUGAUCAGAAAACAUCUGAAAUCAUGGGUCCCGAUUCUAAGGCUACUUUCUGUGGAACCGAAAGGCGUUAUAUCUUCUUUUACUACUUCAUAGUUCCACCACAUUUAUUUAGGGAGUGAUUAACUAAUCGUAUACACCAUUCUAAGUAAAUUGAAUUGUCAGUAAUUGGCUGAUUAUCCGGUCGACUAGAAAGCAAGAUAGAUGUGUCCUUGUCGCGAGAAGAAAUCCUCCUAGCUUCCUGCAAGAAGUUAUUUAACAUGUGCUAGCCUCAAGGAAUAAAGUUCCUUGGGUUAAGAAUUAACAUGAAAUAUUUCCAAGCGUACUUCGAUCACUAAGAAAUUGUAAAUAAGAUUAAGAAAUGGUUUUCAUCCGUUUCCCCACAAGAUGUUAAUACAUAAUCAAGAUAAUGCAUGUUUUCCUCGCGUUUGUUCAGCUUUUAGAUUGAAGUUUGAUUAACUUAAGCUAAACGAUCUAAUUUCACUGGUUGAUCUAAACGGCGGUUAAUAGGAAUUAACCUGCCGUUAAAAUGUGGUGGAACGUGAGAAAUUGUAAAUAAGAUUAAGAGAUCGGUUUUAUCCGUUUCGUCAGGCGAUGUUAAUACAUGAUAUCAAGAUAAUCCAUGUUUUCCUAAUAUUUGUGCAGCUUUUAUAUUGAUGUUCGAUUAACUGAAGCUAAAUGUGGUGGGACGUCCAACUCGUAACCGUGGAUUAGAUUUUUAACCGAGGUUAGUGGAACCGAGCAUGAGAGAGCUUCGGAAGCUUUCAGAUAAAAGUUAACGUAGGAACGAAGAAGUGGUUGUGUUUAAGGAGGGGACGUAUUUCUUCGCCCGGUGUCGAUGAACCAAAGGAGAGAAUAUAGGAGGAGGUGGAAAAUAAGGAGAGAAAUCGAGGAAUCCUCCGGUAAUCCCAAAGCCGACGAGGAGGUCGCGGGUCUCCUUGGUUGAGAGCCUUUCGAGGAGGCAGUCUUACGAUAUAUUUCCAGUGUACGAUAUUUUUUUAUUUCCGCAUCUCCGUGACGAGGCAACGAUGGGGUAAAUAUAUACCGUGUAUAUACAUAUAUGGAUAUAAAGGAUGUCGGACAUUAUGGAGUUCAAUGUUUCAUAGACGGAUAAAAAGUAGGGAUUAAUGAGGAGAGGUCGCUCUUCCGCUGGAAUAUGGAAGGAGAUAAAUGCGAAUAACAGAGAAAUUUAACGAAAGAAGGGAAAAGAAUGAUGGCUAGUGCAGGAGAUGGAGUGCCAAGAGGCUCGAAACGUAACGCUAAUUUAUAAAAUGUGGUUCCACCGUUGCAAUAAGCUUUAUAAAGGUCCGCGGAACUAAACGUUUAUUGUUGAGAGGAUUAAAAGAUAACUUGGGAAAUUAGAGAUUAACUUGCGGAAUUAGAAAUAAACUUUGAGAGGCGCAUCGAUUGUUCGCGCGAUCCGUUGCCGGUUGGUCACGGUGUGUAAAGAGCAUAGUCAUCAGGCUGUCCUAGUUAAUACCUCUUGUAAUUUUCCUAAGCGCAUUGUUCUGUAUAUAAAUAACGAAUAAAAGACGUCAAUACGAAGUUCCUGGUUGCCUGAGACGUGCUCGGUUGGAAUCAAUUGCAUUUUGCUACCCAGGAGUGAAAUAGGAGAUAUUUCAUAGACGUCGGUAAAAAUGAUUCUUCUAAAUACCUACGUUGCCGACGUUGGUAUUUAUCUUGACAGCCGUGUCUAAUUAUAUUGAUUGAUCUAUUAGAGGGGCGUUUCACUUCUCCUUGACGUAGAGCUUUAUAACUGGCGAGCGUUCCAGCUUAUUGUGUAUUCCAGCCGCUGACAAUUCCUUAAUUGUAUACUCUUGUAAAAUGUGCAGCAAUGAUUUAACCGAGGUUUCGUUGUGUUGUGUAAUUUCUUCGAAUUUGAAUUACCCGCUGCUGCUAAGUAGGCAUUUCCUCUAGAGCUGAGCUCUGAUUGGUCGUUGUAAGUUGCCGGCGAGUUUCGAUUGUUGCCGCCAUUUUUAAGCGUCCCUGGCAACCGGCUGUCAGUGGAGAUAGGGAUAACCUCAAAACGAAUUGAAAAUCAGGUAUCUCAUUGUAUGUUCCUGCAGAAUGUGUCCCAGUGAUUUAAGGGCGCGAUCGAACAAUUUCUUCAGAAAUUUGUACAGAUAGCAUAUCUCAAUAUGAACGGAGAUAAAUGGCGGAGUAUUGAGAAAUUAGGUAAUGAUACUUUUAGGGUUAGAGCAAGCGGCGGAGUGCCUUUUCAGAGUGAGACAAGUUUCAUGCAAUUGGCGUUUGAUUAUGAGGAUGAGACUUUGUUAGCUGUAGAUUUGAAAGGUAACCUGUAUUGUGUCGAGAUAAAUCAUGAUCCUCCUCGCUACAAAAUACUGGGACUGGUGGGGCCAGCGACGUUCAUAGAGUUCUCGCCAAAGGACAAGAGCGAAGUACUUAUCGGACUCAGUAAUUCUGACAUCAAGGUCACAAAAUUAAAACAUGUGGAGGAACGUUGCUGCAUCCUUUCGGGCCACCAAGUCCCUCCAUCGAAUGCUUCCUUUUAUGAAUCGUAUUGUCUGACGUCGUCGAACCAUGACGCAAUAAUAUGGCAUCUUCCUUCCUGCUGCAAGGCGCAUCAACUUCGCUUGAAUUCAAAGACAUCGGCAGUUCUAAAGACAGGAUUCUCAAAUCUUGGACAUGUGGUAGCACUAUAUCGCAACGAUGUCAUUCAAGCAUGGAACUUUCCUCGACUGGAUGUAGAUUCAAAGAUUCACAUUAGGCCGAUGGGUCUGCGCAAUAUCAAAGAUUUUGCCUUCACUAGAGAUGGAAGAGCAUUGGCUUUGGGAGGAUUUCAGAGCAAAGUACUAAUACUUAGCACCCAUGAUUGGACUCUCAUAAAACGAUUCGAGCUACCAAACAAUUUUGUGGGAAUAAAACGACUGGUUCCAGUUUCGACACCCCUUGAUGGUGGUGCAAACAAAAUAAUCGCAGUUCUGUCUUCAAAUUGUGCCUUACAUAUGUUGAAUCUCGCAAUGUGUUCUCUCGAUCCUAAUCCAAGAACACCAGUCGAAGGCGUCUUAAAGUUCAAAGUCUCUCAGAGUGGCCGAUAUCUGGGUUAUGUUAAUAACAAUGGCUGCCUAAUAAUCAUGAGCCUCGAAGGAAUAUUAUUAGAGGAAUCUGCAGCCGUUGAAAAGAUUAAAGUCUCUAGCAAACCUAGACUGGACACCCAUAGCGCAAAGGACCACCUUCGCUGUGUGCAUCGCGAGAUGAAGGAGGAGCUGAAGCUUACAAGAUUGCUUCCGAUUCUGCAAGAAUUUGGAGAGUAUCCGAGUAAACAUCGAGCACUGAUAUGGACCACUAUUUUGGCUCUACCAGAAAAUAGAAGUGCCUUUGCAAAAUUGGCAAACGAACCUUCAUUGCAAAGCUCUUCUUCGGAACUCUUGAAGGACUAUCCUUUGGCAGAUCGGACUAAAGCCAGCCUACUGACUACGACUGUCGAGUGCUUGGUCAAUUGGUGCCCUCGUCUUUCACAGACUGUAUAUUUGCCUAAGCUUGUUUUUCCAUUCCUCGUAGUCUUUCAGAAAAAUCCAUUAUUGGCUUUUGAAGCUGUUCUGACUAUUCUGAUGAACUACUGUCAGAAGUGGUUUGAGUAUCAUCCACUUCCGCCGUUGAACAUCCUUGGGAUUUUGGAAAAUGUACUCCUCGAAGCGGACCCCAAAUUGUUGAAUGUCUUCUGUGAACGUAAAGUGACUUCUACGGAAUAUGCAUGGCCACUUUUACAGUCCAUGUUCAGUGAAGUUCUCAAUGGAGAUGAUUGGCUUGUUCUGUGGGAUCAUCUGCUUUCGUACCAGAAACCUUCACUAUUUUUAAUGUGCGCCGUAGCCUACAAUAUUUGCGCAAGGGAAACAAUUAUUCAUCAUUUGCACUCUGCAGAGGACCUGAAAAAAUUCUACUCUAGUUAUGGUCAUGUCAGGGUUAAGAAUCUUUUACAAGUGGCCAAGCGAUUGGAUCGAGAUACAUCAUUCAGAAUUCAUCCUGAUCGAUACCUUGAGAAGAAGUUCUGUUCGUUACCAUCUAAGGGUCCGUAUCCACCAUUUUUGAUACAACAGUAUCCAAAACUUAUGGCGGAGGAAUAUCAUUUGGAAAGUCUCGAGAAACUCAAGGAAGAAGAGAAGCAUCUACGAGAAGAAAAACGUGCUGCUGCGAAGCUUGCAGAAGAGAAAAGGUUACGAGCAGAGGCUGACAAAUUUCUAAAAGAAGUCCAUCAAACCAGAUUGGACGCUGUUCGCAGGAGUUACUCACAAAUGAUAAGAGAUAAGGAACGUUCAUUGGAAGAGAUUAGAACUGGAAUAAGAAAAUACUCCGAAGGAGAAUUUGAAGGAGAAGACGAGGAGAGCCCAACAUCUUCUGGAGUCGAAAGUGGUACGGAAGAAAUUAGAGGUGAAAGUCGAUCUACAAAUAGAGAAAGAUCUGCUACAAAUUAUGAAAAACUGAGAAACGAAGUCAAUCAGCUAGAAAGCGAAGUACAACAUUUACUUCAUGGUACAGGACCUCGCCCAUCCAGGAUAUUUCAAACUUGAAGAUCCUUUAGCUCGAAACAAUAUAAUUAUUAUAUAAACAUUGCAAUGUUUAAGUCAGAUUAAUGUAACAAGACUGAUGAACAAGAAUUAAGUAACUGUUAGUACAAAAAUAAUAAAUUGGUCAAGGAUAA